UCAAUAAACCCUUCAACAAGGACUUUUAUUGUGAAACACAGUUUUAGGCCACUAAACCAGGGAGACUGGAAGACGGGGUUAUGCUGAGGGAGUCGCAGUGAGAGGGUCUCCCACUCUGGUCGUGUUCAGUUUGGAAGCCCACCCUCUUUUUUUCUUAGGAAUUUCUUGACUUUCAGUUCGACAGCAGCCACAGAAUGCCGUCGUGGUCUGGUCUAACACACUUUUCUUGGAGGAGGAUUCUAUAUGCACUUUACCCAUUUUCAUCAUGCUUUCGGAGUACAGGGAGUACAGAUGAACCUCAGGAGAUUUCUGAUCUGAGGAUUGUUCUGCUGGGCAAGAACAGCUCAGAGAUCAGCAGAGCAGGAAACUCCAUCCUGAACAGAGAUGCAUUUGAUGCUGAAGCUCCUCCUCCUUCAAUAGAGCAGCACAGUGAGAGAGCCAGAGGAAAUGUGGAGGGAAGAUACAUCACCCUCAUCAACACUCCUCACCUAUUUGAUCCUGACCUGUCUGUGUAUCAGAUCACAGUGCGGAUUAAAGAAUGCAUGUCUCUAUGUUCUCCUGGACCUCAUGGUGUUGUGCUGGUUCUACAGCCAGAUGACUUCACUGAGAAAGACAACAUCCGAAUGGAUCACAUCCUCAGCUCUCUGUCUGAGGAGGCCCAUAAAUACACCCUGGUGCUGACCACACAGAACAAAGACACUGGAGCCAGUGCAGGUCCAGUUCAGGAGAACAUCAUACAGAAAGUCAUCACAAAAUACAGGAACAGACAUUUAGAGCUGAGUAAUUGUUGUCAUGCUUCUUUUGUUGAAAUGAUAGAAAGGAUAGUUGAAGAGAACAGAGGGAGCCUUAACUGUCAGGAGUUUGAGGAGGCUCCAAUUUUUUUGGAACCGAAAAGGUCUGAGCGAAAAACAGAAGUGGAACACUAUUAUCAUAGAGAAGGCUUAAGGCAAGAAGAAGCAGAACUACAAGAGUAUGACUUAACAGAACUGGAAGAACAUGAGGAGACAACACAACUGCAUUCAAAUGGAUAUGAUCAAACAGAACAGCUAUGGUUUGAAGAUGAUCUGCCUAAGCAGAAGAAAAGUAGAACUCUUUUGUCUAAACAUUUUAGUGCAUCUAAACCAAGAUUGAACAUAGUUCUACUUGGGAGUGAACACAAAGCAAAGACUUCAAUAUCUAAACUUCUACUUGGUAAAAAGUUCUCAACACCUCACCAGAGGGUGAAACAGAAGUCUAGCUCUCUGUGUGUGAAGAAGGAGAGAGAAGUGUGUGGAUGUCUGGUCACUCUGGUGGAGAUGCCAGCUCUCUACAAUACUCAGUUCUCAGAGGAGGAAGUGAUGCAGAAGGCUUUCCACUGUGUCUCUGUCUGUGAUCCUGGAGUUCAUGCCUUUCUCAUAGUCAUUUCUGAAGAUCGCCUCACUGAUGAAGACAAGGGAGAAAUAGAGAUGAUCCAGAGAAUCUUCAGCUCAAGACUCAACAAGAACACUAUAGUGCUGAUCAGCCAGCAACCUCAGAGCAAAGAACUAGAUGAUGAUGUUAAGACAGUAAUAAAGGCUUUUGGUGGACAAUUCAAAUUUGUUGACAGUGAAACAGAUGCAACACAGCUGAUUAAAUGUUUGAAGGUACUUCAUAAAGAGAGCAGAGGGAGUCUGUAUACCAUGGACAUGUAUGUAGAGGCCCAGGUUGAAACACAGCUGAAAUACAAAAGAGAGAUUGAAAAUCUACGACAUAAAAUCAGUGAUUUCACACUGACAAGAUCAAGUCAAGUGCAAGGUUCAUUAAAAAGCCCUGAGACAUUGCGGAUUGUUCUACUGGGGAAGACCGGAGUUGGGAAGAGUGCAACAGGAAACACCAUCUUGGGGAAAGCGGACAUAUUUAAGGAAGAUGUCGGUGGAUCAGUUACUGCUGUGUGUCAGAAAGAGUCAGCUGACAUAAAUGGGAGGCAGAUCACUGUGAUUGACACUCCAGGGCUGUUUGCUACCAAUGUUCCUAAUGUGGAGGUCAAUAAAGAGAUCACUAAGUGCAUCUCCAUGGCAGCUCCAGGUCCACAUGUGUUCUUGCUGGUGCUGAGCAUUGUGCAGCACUUCAGAGAAGAAAUGCAAGACACAGUGAAUAUGAUCAAGGAUACAUUUGGUGAGAAAUACAAAAUGUACACUAUAGUGGUCUUCAGUAAAGGAGAUUUUUUAAAGGGAAACACAAUUGAACAGUACAUAGAGAAGUGUGGUCCAACCAUGAAGAGAUUUCUGCUUGACUGUGGUAACAGAUAUCAUGUGCUCAACAACAGCAAUAAAAGCAGCUCCACCCAGGUGAUUGAUCUACUGGAGAAGAUCGACUCCAUGGUGGCAGUGAAUAGAGGGAGCUGCUACACUAAUGACAUGUUCCAGCAAGUAGAGAAAGAGAUACGAACAUACGAACUGCAGUUAAAAAACAAGAUGACUGAAAGGAAAAGGUUACAAGAAGAAGACAUAAACAGAAGAAGAGAGGAAGAUGAGAAGAAGAUGCAAGAGUGCAUGGCUGAGAUUCACAGAGAAAGAGAAGAAAACAGACAACGGUGGGAGAAACAAAAAGAGGAACAUCAAAGACAGAGAGAUCAGGAGGAGGAGGAAAGAAGAAAGAAAGAAGAAGAAUGGAAGAAAAAACAAAAAGAGGAACUAGAGAAUUUUCUUAAAGAAAGAGAAAACAUUGAGAACAAAGUAAGAGAAGAACUAGUGAAGUUACAACUGGAGUAUAUACAGAAGGCAGCAGAGGAGGAGAAAAGACAAAAUGAGCUGGAAGAGAAAAUCCAGCAUGCGGAGGAAAGUGAAAAGAAGGAGCUACAACAGCUGCAGUUAACUCAGCAGAUAGAGUGGAUAAAGAGGAUUGAGGAGGAGGAGAAGAGAAGAGAAAAACAACUGAAACAUUGGGAGGAAGCGAUUGCAUCAAUGGACGAAGCCUGGUAUUUACACCAGGCUAGAAAGCAAAAGCAUUAUCAAUGGGAAAAGCAAAAAGAAAAGGAGGAAAGAGAUUUAAAAGAAAAGAAAAGAAAAGAGAAAGAAGAACAAGAGAGGAAAAGAAUAGAAAAUGAGGCAACUGAAAAAAUAAGACAGAUGAAGGAACAACUAGAGGCACAAAGAGAGAAAGGAAGAAAAGAAAAUGAUGAGCAACUCAGAAAGGAAAAAGAAGAACAAUUCCUGAUGCAGAUGGAGACGUUUAGAAAAGAGAGAGAAGAGGUAGAGACAAAAUGGAAUGAAAUUGAAAGUAGAAACCUUGAAUUAAUUAUAGAAAUUCACGCCAAAGAGAUUGAGUAUCUUAAAACACAGACUGAACAAAUGGCAAGAAGACAGGCAGAGGAGAAGUUUCAUGCCAAACUUGAUGAAAAGGUAAAAGAAGCGAGAGACAAAGGAUUUGCAGACAGCUGUGCAGAGAUAGAGGCCGAAAGAGGUUUGCAUCAAUUUGUUAAUUUUGUUUGUAGAACAAAUAAAGAUAAAGUAGUGAAAAAUGAAUGAAAAUCUGAUAUGAAAGGAUGUUCUGAAAAGUGAAAGGAGUAAGGAGGCUUUCUACAUCUCAUUCAGGAGCUAAAACUUUGAAUUAUGAUCUCUUUCAUCCGUAACUCUUAUCUCCAUAACUGAUUUUAGAGAGCAGCUCACACAAGGCACAAAGCUAAUGAGGUGAAUGUCUCCAUGUGCAAAUAUGUGAUGCUGCUCACAGAUACACAGGGGUACUUUAAAGAGCUUCAUCACUUCACUAAACUUUCAGCGCUUCCACAAAGAUUGAAUGUUUGUAGCCCAGUUAAUGUGACUCUGUAGACGUUAGGUGAUGUUAUUGUACUUUAGAAAUUCUACCCAUUUGAGCUGCUUGUUGGAGAUUCUAAUGCUUUUGAUGUUUGAGAAAAGCUGUUUUUUGUUACAUUGUCCAUUCGUCUCUUUGGUUGUCAUCAGAGAUGACCGUGAUAGGCCCUCUUCACAGUUUCUGCGUUUUUCUGCUGGAAGUUGCUCACUGCUGAAUUAAGCCAUUUCCACCAAAGAACAAUUGUAACAGUAAAGACUGAGUCCAAUAAUAAGAGCUUUUGCAGGAUCCCCUAGUGUUCAGACUAGAAGCAAAAACAAGUUCAUUUUCGAUUGUUUCUGAGCUGACGAUGAGCAGAGGAAAAAUAGCUUUGUGCAAUUAGGAGGGGAAGGACCUUUGUGUCAGUAUUUCACAGCUGCUGACGAAUGUUACACUAAAGGCAGUUCAUGCUUUAAAGUUUGUGCUGUUCUCAGCCACUGAGUGCAGUUUCUAUGUUCCCCCUCAAAAGCUGUUGGCAAAUUCACUAGAGCCAGUGGUGUUAAACAUGUACAGUGGUGUUACAGACCAUGACUACGAGGCCUGUCCCCUUCUAGCAUGCAUGCAUGUGUUUACCUUUUUGCCUAUUACUUUAUUGGUAGCAAAUGGUUUCAACAUCUUCAGCUAACAUGGCUAAUCCAGCAUUUGAUUAUUGUUUAUUUUCACCAUUGUUUACUCACUCUGUAGACGAUAGUUGAUGUUAUCGUACAUAAAUAGAUGUGAGGGAAUUCUGUUUAUAUCCUUUAUUCAGCUUCGACUCCCACACACAUUGUGUUUGGUGUUCUCUGCCAAUUCCAAACACAUCCUUCAAAAUCAGUCCUGGCAAUUAUGACAUAGAUGAAGUGACAUACUUUUCCAUGGUGAGCUAAAGUGAUACGAACAGCAGUAUUUCUGAGGGUAAUAAUUGACUGGAUGGCAAUAGCAGAUUUUACUUUAGCCACUGUUUACAUUUCUGUUUCUUGUGAGAAGGACCUAUUGGUCAAAACGAUGAUGUCGGCGGUGAAAGUUGAACAGAGGGCCAAGAAUAUCAUGUUUAAUUUUUGCCAUCUGAAAAAUCACAAGGUAUCAUCAAACACAUGGUCUUAUUAAUUUUCAAUUGUCCAAAUAAAUCAUGCUCAGUUUGUAAAAAACUUAACCACUCUUAAAUGGUAUGUAUUACUUUUAAAAAUCAUAGAUGAGCAUUUCAUGUCUUGCUUUCUGUUCCAGGACAUCACUAAAUAUAUAAAACUACUUAAUCACUACUGAGAUCACUACAUUAAUAGUGGACAGACUAUUGUACUUUUUUUCCAUUAUGAAAUAAUUAUGUCUUAUUUAUGGGAAUGUGUUUUUAUGUGUUAAUUAUGUGUCAGUUCUGUGCACUGCUUUACUUCAAUGUUUUACUUGGGCUGAGCAAUAUGACAAUGACUAUCAUACAGCAGACGAAAACAGUGAUAUUUGAGAUGUGAAAUGAAGUUUAUAGGAUUUACAGAAAGUAUGCAAUAAAUAUUUAAACAAAAUUAGGCAGGUGCAUAAGUUUGGGCACCCUUGUCGUUUUAUUGAUUUGAAUACCUUUAACACUAAGUAUUGGAACACAAAAUUUGUUUUGUAAGCUCAGUGACCCUUGACCUACAUACACAGGUGAAUCCAAUUAUGAGAAAGGGUUAGGUGGCCAAUUGCAAGUGUUUCUCCUCUUUGCAUCUUCUCUGAAGAGUGGCAACAUGGGAGCCUCAAAACUCUCAAAUGACCUGAUAACAAAGAAUGUUCAACAUCAUGGUUUAGGGGAAGGAUACAAAAAGCUAUCUCAGAGAUUUCAACUGUCAGUUUCCACUGUGAGGAACGUAGUGAGGAAAUGGAGGACCACAGGCACAGUUCUAGUUAAGGCCUGAAGUGGCAGGCCAAGACAAAUCUGAGAUUGGCAGAGGCAAAGGAUGGUGAGAACAGCCAUAGUCAACCUACAGACCAGCUCCAAAGACCUACAACAUCAUCUUGCUGCAGAUGGUGUCACUGUGUAUCGUUCAACUAUUCAGCGCACUUUGCACAAAGAGAGGCUGUAUGGGAGAGUAAUGCAGAAGAAGCCUUUUCUGCGCACACGCCACAAACAGAAUUGCUUGAGGUACGCUAAAACACAUUUGGACAAGCCAGCUUCAUUUUGGAAUAAGGUGCUGUGGACUGAUGAAACUAAAAUUGAGUUAUUUGGACAUAACAAGGGUUGCAUAUGCAUGGUGGAAAAAGAACACAGCAUUCCAGAACAAACACUUGCUACUCACAGUAAAUUUGGUGGUGGUUCCAUCAUGCUCUGGGGCUAUGUGGCCAGUGCAGGUACUGGGAAUCUUGUUAAAGUUGAGGGUCGCAUGGAUUCCAGUCAAUAUCAGCAGAUUCUUGAGAACAAUGUUCAAGGAUCAGUGAAAAAGUUGAAGUUGCGCCGGGGCUGGAUACUUCAACAAGACAACGACCCUAAACACUGCUCAAAAUCUACUAAGGUAUUCAUGCAGAGGAAGAAGUACAAUGUUCUGGAAUGGCCAUCGCAGUCCCCAGAUCUGAAUAUUAUUGAAAAUCUGUGGCGUGAUUUAAAGCGGGUUGUCCAUGCUCGGCCAGCUUCAAACCCGACUGAACUGGAGAUGUUUUGUAAAGAAGAAUGGUCCAAAAUACCUUCAACCAGAAUCCAGACUCUCAUUGGAAGCUAUAGGAAGCGUUUAGAGGCUAUUAUUUCUGCAAAAGGAGGAUCUACUAAAUAUUGAAAUAAUUUUUCUGUUGGGGUGC